AUGCACAGCAAACCCCUCUUCUUUUCUGCCAUCUUGGCUGAAAUCUCGCUGUCUCUGGCCACGGAGCGGGCUGAUGGCAGUUCGGUGAACGCCGUCGACUGCAAUCCCCUCACGUCGGCAGCAUGUCUUACCGGUGGUGCUAUACAUGGGCCGUUCCCACUUCAGCAGGUCCUCGCAUAUCCGAACGUAAGAGCUGGGGUCUUGGAAAGAACGGCGGAAGCAGAGCCUGUGUGCUUCAUAUCCAACACUCAGGCGUGUGAUGAUGUCCAGGCCUUUGCACACUGCCUCACAGUCCCCACGUCUGCGGGCGAGACAUGCAUUCUCAACCCAGGCUGCACCAUUCGGCUCAUCGAAUGCCCGUCUGACGCCUUGCCAUUCAAGGAGACUGCCGGGGAGCCCCCCUUGUAUCCUGAUCCUUCUCCAAGGGACCCCAAAUCUACCUCCAGCUUUGCGCCCGCUCCGUCCCCCAAGCUAGAAUUAAAAGACCAGAUGCCAGAGCUUUUUGGCGCCAGUCGAUCGAAGAGCAUAGCCGAGGAAGUCGAUGCCGCAAUGCCAGAUUCGGUCAAAGAAGCAGUGCUCAACCAGGACUCUGAGAUUGCUGCUCAGGCCCUGGCCAAGGAACUCUCCGGCAACCCCCUCCCUCAAUGGUACGAGAACAUGCCCGCCAGCGUCAAGAACUACUACGCCACCAUAACCACUCCCCCAAUGAUGUCUGUGAUGGCAACCGACGAGCCUACAGUGUCCGCAAACAACCACAGAAUCGUCCGUCGCAGCGAUCCUACUGUUGACGCAUGGGUGUCAAGCAUCAAAUCGUACGAGUCGCAGAUCAGUGCGCUUUCAAUGGCCGCCCGUUCACACUCACGGAAUGCCAAAGCACUGUCUAUAGACGCGAGAAGCAAUUCCCGGAGAGCCACCAGUGAAGGCAAUACCGAACUGCAGACCACCGCAAGCCUGCAGUCGGUCAUGGCUCAGUCCCUGUCUCAACAGGCAGUGUCAGAGUCUAGGGUCGCUCAGUCAGCCUCCAAAGCGGCUUAUGCUGUUACAGACAAGCCCAGCACUGCCAGUGCCGCAAUCGCUCGUUACGCAAAUGUGGCUUGGUACUCGGGCACGCUGGGUGCCGUUGCAUGCCUUCUUAUGGCCCUCGUGCUAUAG